AUGACUCAGCAGCAGAAAGUCCUCGUGCGAUCACCGCCGGUCAACGGCCGCCGAGAGAGGCGACGCGUUGGCGAGGUGGCGGGAAACGCGACGGCAGACUGCGCGGCCGUGUGCUGCUGCGUGCCGUGCACGGUGAUGGACGUGGUGGUGCUGGCAGCGUACAAGGUGCCCAAAGGGCUGUUUAAGAAAGCGAUGCACUCGAGAAAGCGACGGUUAUUGCAAGCGAAGAAGAGUAAGAACGAGGCCUUGUUGGAUCACAACAGGCCCAAAUCCAGUUGCGUGGAUGUUAAUGGGUCCACUUUGGAGAAACCGUUUGAGAAGGAGAUUUCGGAGGAGAAGUUGGAGGCCUCUCAGUUAGAAGACGAGAUGUGGGCCCAGUUCAACUCAACGGGCUUCUGGAGAAGCAAUUCUCAGCGCCACAAACAGCAACCGGAAGGGGAAUGUGAUCGUAUGGGAUAA